AUGGCUGCCAAAAACGAAACCGACAGGCCCGAGUCGCCUCAGGACAAGGCCGGUGUCAACCAGAUGGAGCAUGUCUUCACAGCGGACGACCCGGCGCUCAUGAAGCAGCCCGUCAUCGAGAAGGUGGACGAGUUCGGAGCUCACAAGAAAACCGACCCAAAGGAGAUUGCGCUAGUGAAGAAGCUUGACUGGUACAUUCUGCCCAUUCUCUGGGUUAUGUACUUCCUCAACUUCCUGGACCGAAACGCGAUGAUUAACGGAAAGCUCAACAAUCUUGAUAAGCACCUGGGUCUCAAGGGACAACAGUAUAACACCUGUGUCUCCAUUCUUUUCGUCGGUUACCUCUGUGGCCAAGUUCCCUCCAACAUGAUUCUCAACAGAGUCCGCCCUUCUUGGUACAUGGCUGGCUUCAUGAUGGCCUGGUCUGUCGUCAGUUUGUUGACCUACAAGUGCCACGACUUCGCCACGAUGGUGGUGUGCCGUUUCCUCCUUGGAAUCACCGAAGCUCCCUUCUACCCCGGUGCCUUGUACAUGCUCUCCAUGUUUUACACUCGCAAGGAGAUUUCCAGCCGCAUGGCUGUCUUCUACACCGGAAACAUGGCUGCCAGUGCUUUCUCUGGUCUCAUCGCCGCCCCCAUCUUUUCCGAAUUGCACGGCGUGCGAGGUCUUUACGGCUGGCAAUGGCUUUUCAUCAUCCAGGGCGCCGCCUCCAUCCUCGUAGCCUUCUUCGCAUUCUUCCUCCUGCCCGACAGCCCCCUCAAGACUCGUUGGUUGACCGAGGAGGAGCGCCAGCUCGCCCACACCCGAAUCUACAACGACACUACUGACCGUCGGGAGGGAACCUCCGUCUGGACUGGUCUGCGCGAGGCAUGCACGGACUGGCGCACCUGGGUCUUCUGCCUCAUGGACAACCUCCACUUGUCUGCCAACGGCUUCAAGAACUUCCUCCCCAGCGUCGUCAAGACCCUCAAGUUCAACACCACCAUCACCCUCGUCCUCACCUGCCCGCCUUACGUCUUCUCCGCCUUCUUCUCCGUCUUGGUUCCCUGGUCGUCUGGAAAGUACAACGAGCGCACGUGGCAUAUCACCAUCAGCAAGCUCAUCGUCUGUGUUGGUUUUGUCAUGUCUGUCGCCUCCCUCAACAUGGGUGUCCGCUACACUGGUAUCAUGCUCUUCGUUGGUGCCACCUACGGCGUGAACAACCUCAUUCUCGGCUGGACAUCUUCGGUUCUCGGCCAGACCGACGAGAAGAAGGCCGUCGCAAUUGCCAUGGCUAACACCCUUGGAAACGCCGCUAGUAUCUACACCCCUUACCUCUGGCCCAGCUCUGAUGAGCCUCGUUAUCUCACCGCCAUGUGUGCUAGCAUUGGCUUCUCCCUUGGCGUUGUUGCCUGCGCUUGGUUCAUGAAGUUCAUGCUUAUCCGGAUGAACAACAAGAAGAAAAGGGAGGACCCCACCGCUACCAACUUCUACGUUUACUAA